AUGGGUGCCGGUGCUGGCGGCGCGGGGCUGCCCGUGCUGGGCGCCCUGGUCGCGCUCGGGCUGCAGCUGCUGCGGGCUGCCUGGACGCUGGGCCGGGCGGUGCGGACCCACCUGCUGGCGGCGUGUGGGAGGGGCGCGGAGCUCGCCAGCUUUGGAGCCUGGGCGCUGGUGACGGGAGCUACAUCUGGGAUUGGAAGAGCCUAUGCCCAGGAGCUCGCCAAGAGAGGCCUCAAUGUGGUGCUGAUCAGCCGCUCCCUGCAGAAACUGAAGCAGGUGGCAGCUGAGAUAGAAGAGCAGCAUGGCCGACGCACCAGAGUUAUUGAAGCUGAUUUCACCCAGGGGUCAGAGAUCUAUGAAUCCAUCCAAACCACCCUGCAGGGCCUGGAGAUUGGCAUUCUGGUGAACAACGUUGGCAUGUUCUAUGCAAUGGGGCCAGUGAAUUUCCUGGAUGUCCCCAACAUUGAGAAGACUCUAUCGGAUAUUGUGAAUUGCAACAUGCUCUCAGUGGCAAAGAUGACCAGGAUUGUCCUGCCCCAGAUGGUCACCAGGAAGAAGGGGGUCAUCAUUAACUUGUCCUCUGUAGCGGGCCGCCACCCCCACCCACUGGUCACGGUGUACAGUGCUACCAAGAGAUUUGUAGAUUUCUUCUCGAGAGGCUUGGAGGCCGAGUACCACUCCCAGGGCAUCCUAGUGCAGAGUGUCCUGCCUUUCAUUGUUUCCACAAACAUGACCAACAACAUCACACCUAACCGCUUUGUGAAGACAGCCGAAAACUUCGCUCGUGAGGCCUUGAACACCGUGGGCAUCAGUAGCAGGACAUCUGGCUGCCUCUCCCACUCUGUGCAGGGUCCAGGAGGCACCUAG